AUGGUCUAUGCAGCAACCUCUAUCGUCUUUGCAGUCACAUGCACACCUCGUGGUAGCCGGACCUGGUUGGAGGCAUUGACAACUAAACGCUGCACCACUGGCUCAUAUGCCCCUGGUUACAUCCAAGGAUCGUUCGGGGUUUCCUUCGAUAUUUACUUGUUCAUCUUACCGAUCUGGCCGGUCUGGCACUUGCAGAUGAAGAGAAAAAAGAAGCUUGCUGUGACGUUCAUUUUCGCUACCGGUUUGCUCGCUAUUGCCGCAAGUAUCAUAGGUCUUUAUUUUCGGGUAUUGAUCAACCAGCCAAACGUCGAUGAGAGCUGGGAAAAUCCUAUCAACCAAGUUCUCGCCAACGUCGAAAUGAGCGUGACUGUUAUCUGCGGUUCGAUGCCUUACCUCACGUCACUCUUCCGCCGCUUAAAUGGCGGCAGAAGCAAGCUAUUAGCACCCCUCCAGAAUAUCCUUUCGCGAUCCUACCUCUUCAACCGAUCCCGCGGCUCUUCAAGCAGAAGACAUCAAUUUAGGUCAGACGAACCCUUUCCAAGCUCAAUAGAACUGUCGAAUAAUCCGCAUUUGGAGACAAAUAUCCUCGGAACCAUGAAUGGUGAAGGUAGAUUUCUAAAGACUGUAGACUACCCUCAGAAAGGGAUGAGCGCUACAUCUUCUAAGGACCUACUACAAGAAGAAUCGUUGAAGAGCAACGCCACAUUCGAUACUUCUGAGACAAUCGCUCAUAAUUGA